AAUUAUUUGAGUUGUUCCUAUUGAAAAAGCCGGAUGUCUCAAAUACCCGGGUCACACCAUAUCAGCUUAAUACGUCGCUUGGCUGCUGUAUGUGGAGAUUCCUGAUAUCUGGUACACGGCUUUAUGCUGUCAAAGGACAUACUUAAACAUAAUGGGCAAUGGUCUUUUUCCGCAACUCUGUUGGUCCACCCUGAAGUGUAUUACUUGGCUUUUGUUCUACCUGUCAACCGUCUUAACGCAAGACGAUAAGAUCACAUGCACAAUACUACCAGUGACCCCCUUUCAAGACACAGUCCUGACAUGUCACUUUCCUGAGGACCUGAGUGUCACUAAAAAGGACUUCACUGUCUACCACUACGGUCAGGAUAAUAGUCCAGAUUCUGUCUUAGACUGCUGGUGGAUUCGAGGUUCUCUGGACUGUUACACAAGGCCUGGGUUCACGUAUGACAAGAGAAUUAGCCGUACACUAAACAUUACAGUCAACUACAAGACAAAGCCAACAGGCAAAUACGCUUGUCAGGUGGCUGGAUACAGCUCAAGCUUGUUCACAACUUGUGAAUUUGUCGCUAAACUGGGUCCAAAUAACACAUGCAAUAUUUCAAAGGAGCAGGGUGACUCCCAGAUCAAUGUGACAUGUUUCUUUAAUGAAGACAUCCAGAAGACACAAAGAAAUUUCACUGUGUACAAGCAUCACUCCCAAGAGAAACUAAGUGUUCUGAAAUGCUGGUGGGAAAAUGAAAAAGUGAAUUGUCAGGUAAAUGAGGGCUACCUUUACAGCAAAGAGGUCUCAUCCUACCUCCAAAUAGGAAUUCCUCCACCAACAAAUGAGAAAACAGAGAUCUACUCUUGUUGGCAUGAUGGGUCUAUCGCUGAUCGAGUGAACACGUGUUCACUUAAUGACAAAAAAACAGAACAAACACCAAUCUUCAUCGAAAUCGUACUAGGAAUUGUACUAGGUAUUGUGACUGCUGGGGUUUUAGUGAUCAUAGCAAUAGUCUUAUUCAAGAGAUACAGGGUUCCACGCAGAACUUACGAGGAGAGGAAAGGUAUUUCAAGUGACGAAGAAAGCCACCUAAUGAAGGAGACAAAGAAAAAGAAAGAGACUUUUGAAGACUUACUGUUGAAGAAAACCAAGGAAAUGUACCCAAAUAUGCAAGAAGGAUGUUAUUUUGUGCCGCCAGUGUACUUAAACAAACUUCGAUACAAAACACAGUCUGUUGCCGGUCAACUCGUCUACAUCCCUGACCCUCCUGACCCGAGUGAUGAGAGCAGGGCCCGAGCCAUGCAGCAUGUCAUCCACAGUCUACGUGACAUGGCGGACUCACAACAUGAACACAUGUUUGUUCUGACACAGUUCCAGUACGAAGACUACUUGAAUAACCCUGGCCGUGACUAUAGAAAACAUCGUCUGCCUGUUCCCACUGGUCUGAAAGAAAAGAAUAAAUACAAGGACAUCGGAUGUUUUGAUUUUCUGAUCAUCCAUCGACAUCAUGGCGUGUUGGUAGGAGUCGUCAAGGAUGUGGAUGAGAAGGAGAGUGGAAAUCAAGAUAAGAGGCAAAGAAUAAAAGAUAACGCGAGUGCAAUUAGCCCAAUGAUGGGUAAAGAGACAAAUAGUCAAAUAAGAAAGGGAAAUACUGACGGAAAAGAGAGUGGUGACAGUAUACAAACAACAGAAGUCAGUGAGAGUAGUGGUAAUCAGCAGGAGACUUUAAACAAUGACAGUGAAGAUAACGAGCAGAAAACUGGAGGUCAAAGAUUUCAAGACGGUGAGGGAAAAGGGGAAGACGAUAAUAUUCAAGAUUAUGACACAAAUACAAAAAACAAAGACCAAAGAAGUGAUGACACUUUGAAGACGACAGACAACAAAGAGAGUCGUGAUACCAGGCGGAGUACAGAAGAACUAGUGAUUAAAGAAGUAUAUGAAGCUAUACAACAAUUUAAGAAAGCAGAUAUAAUGAUUCACCAUCUUCUGUCAGACCAGGAUCAGAGCCCUACAGUACGACUGAUCUUGGUUCUACCAAACAUUACAUCGGAGACACUGAGGAACUCACUUGACUGUCACCCAGAGUUGACACAGAAUUUUCUGGAAUGCAUACAACAAAAUUCAAUCAACGACCUCAUUGAGUUGUGUCUAUGUGCCGACCAUCUUCCCAGUCUUGACACAACCAGGAAUGUCGAGUCGGUUAAGAUUCCUUUCCAAGCUUAUUGGGACCAUUUCAGAGAUAGCUCUGUGGAUACACCCGCCAUGACUGAUGAUUUGUUUGCAAAUAUGAUAGCGAGAUUUUGUGGUCCUUCCACCAUAUCCUACUUCAAGACUCCAUGUAAACCGGAAGUCAUUACACAUCAACUACCUAAGACUCUGGACCAGGCCGUGUCUCUCACCGGUGAAUUGUUUGAGCGAUUCACGCUGUACCCGGGUAUGACAGAUUUUCUAGACUUGUCUCGAGCAUUCCUUGUUGGACCGCAGGGUACUGGGAAAACCCGGAUGCUGAGUCUGGUUGGACGGAAGUGGCUGUCCGAGGGUCAUGACGUGUAUGUACUUUACACAAGUCCUGAGGGUGAGGUAGCUUCGAUGGUGUUGCAGACGUUGCUCCAAGGGACAUCAUCAACACAGCCACAAGCCAGUCCUGCACCAUCGGUUAUCACUUUGUUGUGCAACAUAGACGACGAUAAUAAAAUAGAUAACGCCAUUACAAUGUUGAAAGAUCGUCUGAAGGACCAGCCAUUGUAUGCACUUAUUGACGAACUAGCACCUGAAAAAGAGAAAGGACAAAAGGUCCGUGCCUUUCUAACAAAAAUAAACGAGAGCUUGAAAGAUACCCACCUGUGGGCAGCAAGUUACCGCGCAAACAUCUCACCACCAGGAUGGAAUGGAAAGUUUUUCCAAAAACCUAUUAGUUGUCCACCUUCGAUUGUAAGAGAGACCGGACAGGGUCAAAGUAGUCUUGGAUUAACAGAAUACUCAACAAGCAAAUGUUUUUCUCCUACUGAUGGCCUGCCAGUGAAACGCAUUUACCAUCGGGAAUUAAAUCACAGUAAGAAAGAACCACAUAACUGUGAAGUGUGCGGACAGGAAGUUGCCAAAUUCUUGACUCAAGACCUUCAUGUUGGGGACAGAGUUUCAGACAUUUUUCCCACGACUUCAAAUUCUACACGUGGCCAAAGAACAUGGGAGACACCAGUAACCCUAGAGUACAGAGAUGUGAUGAUUUUGUUUGAAAAGGACAUUACAGAAGAUGUUCCUAUGAUAAAAAUACUCAAAGACAAAGGAAUUCCAGUCCAGAUCAUCAACUCUACAGAUGAGAGGACUACUAUCAGGCAUGGUAGUAACACAGUUUUGGUGGCUAAAGCAGGUUUUCUGAACGGACUGAGAAGAAAGGUGGUGGUGUAUGUUGAGGGAGAUAUAAAGAGGUCAGAGUUCUCUGCCCAGUGGAGCAGACUGCGGGGCAUCACAAGCUGCACGGCACAACUGGUGUGUGUUCGGAAUUUCUCAUAAUUUCUCCUUUUGUCCUCAUUGAAUGCCGGGGAAAAUGUAUGUGUUGACACGGCCACUAUAUAGCCUGUUUCAUAUAGCUGAACAAAUAUACAGAUGGACAUACAAACAUCUCAAUCCAAGUGUAUAAAACGGUGAGACACAGCAUCAUACUUCAACGAGUUUAUAUAUUGUUAAAUCUAGAAAUGAAAGAUGUUCCGUUUGUAUUUACGAGCUAUAAGGAUCCACGGUUAUAUAAUAAAAUAUCUGAUACUUUU